GAAAGAAAUAAUUAUAUUCAAUAGUAAAGCAAACAUGGACAAUCGAGGAAAAUUUUUGACAGGGCUUGGUUUGAUUUUGUUCCUGCUCGUUGGAAAAAUUUCAAUUAUUACACAAAACAAUGUAGAAAAAAAAAAGGAAAUGAAGUCAUACACGUUUAAAAACAGUAUUUGUUCUAUUUACGAUAAUUUUUUAGGAACUGAUUCCGUGCUUUUCAAAAAAAAGUGUAAGCCGUUGGUAGAAAUUGUAUCAGAUAAAUUUCUUGAUGGUAUAAACAGAGUUAGAAAUUUGAAUGAGAGCAAAUGAAUAUUAAAUGAUUAUGGAAUCAAGAAUAACCCUCAUUACAGUCAAUUAUAUCAUACUAUAUCGAAAAAUAUCCAUCUAAUCAAAGCCAACGACUCAUAUUAUUUUGUUUAUCCAGUAAACAUUCAGGACCAUUUUUUGAUCAUAAAUUCCCAAAAGAAGCUAUUAAAAGACAAUUUAGACAUUACCUUUCAUUUUGUUAACGUAAAGAAAGAGUUUUCUUUUUUUUGAAGAUAUUUUAGUUCCACUAAAACCAAGUUGCACCAAUUGUACUCUUCUCAAGUAUGUAAAUAAAAAACUACAGAAAAAUGAAAGCUUCUCAGAAUUAAUCAAGUUACGUAAAAAAUUAUUUGGGGAGAAGGAAACACGAAACUUAUCCUUUACCGUUUUUGAUAAUGAUGACAUUUGUACUUCAAUGGGAUUCAACUUUAAUUCUCAAAGCACGAGUUCCUUAAUGCGUUUAAACUCAUUAUUCGAACAAAUUUAAAUUAAUAGCGAAAGUGUAGAAAAAAGUAAAAAAAGAACAAUUGUGGAAAAAAGAUUAAUUUGCUUUCAGUCAAAAAAUCUAGAAGUGAAAUUAGAUGUAUUUUACCGAAAUAUUAAAAAUCAACUUUAUCUCAAUGAUUUUAUGAUUACGAUUGAUUAUUUAAAUUGGAUCAAUAACACUAUGUUGAAAAGCAAUGAUAUUUCAUGUGUCAGUCUUUGUGAAAAUGAACACGAAAUAAAAAUGCUUGACUUAUUUUGUUUUAUAAAAGAAAUAUCAGAUAUUACAUCCUACAACAUAACAGCUUGGAUAGAUACCCUACAACAACUUGUCGCAAAAUCAUUGAUAAGCAAAUUAGAUUGGUUUAACACCUUAAUGAUAUACUAUAAUUAUGAAUAUACUAUGAGCGAAUAUCAAAUUUCCUACGCACUCAAUUUUCUCAAAGGGGAAAUGCUAAAUGUAAGUGAAAAUUGGACUGAUGUAAUGACUACUACUUAUGAUCUUGUUGAGGAUUUUCUGAGUGUAAAUAAUAGUAACAACUACGAACCUAUGAACAAUACAAUCCUUACUAUUUAUGAACAUUGGGAAACUAUUGAUGAUCUUUUUUUUUAUGUAAAGUUCAAGAGACUAGUGAUAAUUGUGCCAGAUGAUAUGAGAGCGGGGAUAAAAAUAAUUGUUGACCAAAUAAGAGCUAGCAGAGUAGUACCAACAGUAAAGCGAGAAGAUUUUCUUAAUUCAGAACAGUUUCUGUACGAUGUAAUUAUGAAACAUAUUUAUUUGGUUCAAUCUAAUUAUACUUAUUAUUACGUCUACUCAUCGACCACAGACAAACAUAAAUACUGAAAAUUAAGGCUAAACAAUAUUAACAAAAUAAAAUAAAACUUUCGAAUAAUCAUCAAUCAUCUUGUACUUCAAAUAACCAAUCAGUGGAUUGGUUAUUUGGAAUACAAGAUGAUUAGAGAUUAUUCAAAAGUUGUAUUUUAUUUUGUUAAUUUUUCGAAUUAUUUUUCACCUAAUGAACCAAGUAGUAUAGUAUUCAUUACAAUGAUUUGGUUAUUCCUGCGCUACCAGAUUAUUAUGACCAAACUUCAAGAAAUUGUACAUUUUCUAAUUGCUUUCCAAAAUAUAUUUUUUUUACAUGCUUUAGAUGACAAUAAUUUGACAAAAUUUGUGAACAAUUACGAUGAACCAGUGCAGCCAGAUGAUUAAAAUAACAAAUUUUAAAACUUCUCUUAUUUAU